AAAAGAAUCGCACGUAUCUGACUUUCUUUAUGGAGUUUUUGGAACUAAAAUACAUAAACAGAACUAUGCUUAACACAUGUAUUAUGUAUAAGAAGCCUUGCUCGCCUCUUUACAUCCCAUUUUAGCAAAGACAAGAUGGCAUCUCCUGCUUAUACUUUGUUGUCAUUCACUUUUUACACCAUCUUCCUCUCGUCUGGAUCAUAUAAAGCUGAAGCUUGGAGAUUCAAUGACAUCUCUUCUCUUGUUAGUAAAGGCCUCUUUGAUUCCAUAUUUCUACACAAGGACAACAACGCAUGCCCUGCUAAAGAUUUUUACACGUACAGCUCCUUCAUUCAAGCAUCUAGAUCUUUUCCUCGGUUCGGCAGGACAGGUAGUUCUAUAAAGAGGAAGCGAGAAAUUGCAGCUUUUCUUGCUCAGAUAUCCCAUGAGACCACAGGUGGGUGGCCUACCGCACCCGAUGGACCAUUUGCAUGGGGUUUGUGCUUCAAGGAAGAAGUGAGUCCACAAGGUAAUUACUGUAACUCAAGCAACACUCGAUGGCCAUGCUCCCCUGGGAAAUCCUACAAAGGAAGAGGGCCUAUUCAACUAUCAUGGAAUUACAAUUAUGGACCAGCAGGCAAGGCAUUAGGAUUUGAUGGGCUUAACAACCCAGAUAUAGUGUCUAACAACUCCUUAAUCGCCUUCAAGACAGCUCUUUGGUUUUGGAUGACUAAGCAGAGCCCAAAACCAUCUUGCCACAACGUCAUGAUUGGAAAAUAUAAGCCAACAGCAGCUGGUGUGGCAGCUAAUCGGACUGCCGGCUACGGGUUGGUGACUAACAUCAUCAACGGUGGUCUUGAAUGUGGAAUACCUAACGAUGCGCGAGUUAAUGAUCGGAUUGGGUUUUUUCAGAGAUACGCAGCAUUGUUUAAUGUAAGUACUGGGCCUAACUUAGAUUGUGAAAAUCAGAAGCCCUUUACUUAGAUUUUUUUUCCCGUUUAGGGCAGUGGAAUGCUGUUGUGGUUGCUUGUUGCUAUGAUUAGUUCUUGCAAUAAAUUAUGAUUAUGUAUAUGAUCCAUAUUAAGAGAUCAUUUUGUGACGACUAUAUGAAAAAUAUCGUUAAUUAA